AGCUUCGCCGCUGUGCGGCCGUUUGUUACUCGGCGGGGCGGGAGAGCCGAGCAAAAGAGAAGCUUUGGUAUCGGGGCCGUGGGGAGGGCGGUGCACAGCCAGGAACCCCUCACCGCCCCCUGGGGGGGCUUUGAAGCUCGGGGAGGAGUGAACGGAUGAGUAGAGUCGAGAACGGGAUAAGCAGCGGUUUGGGGAGAAAAACCCUCUGGAGAACGGAUGGGGGGAGGAACGCAACCGAGGGGAGCACCGCAGGUGUCUGGCCAGCCCGGGGCAGAGCGGAGCAUCCCCGGCCGCGGCCCUCCUCCCCCCCGGGCCGGGCAGAGACCCACCCCCGGCGGCUUGGGGCGAGGGGGGCGCCCCCGCCUUGACGUCAGGAGAAGGGUUUAAAAAGGCGACGGGAGCCGAGGAGAUCCCCAACGCCGGAGCCGAGCAGCAGCGGAGCCGUCAGCUCUUCCCCGCCGCCUCCUGCCCGAGCCCGACCCGCCGGCGAGAUGCUGUCGUGCCGCCUGCAGUGCGCCCUGGCCCUGCUCUCCAUCGCCCUGGCCGUCGGCACCGUCUCGGCCGCCCCCUCGGACCCGCGGCUCCGGCAGUUCCUGCAGAAGUCCCUGGCUGCCGCCGCCGGGAAGCAGGAACUGGCCAAGUACUUUUUGGCAGAACUGCUCUCAGAGCCAAGCCAGACAGAAAAUGAAGCUCUGGAGUCGGAGGACUUGUCCAGAGGGGCCGAGCAGGACGAAGUGAGACUGGAGCUGGAGCGUUCGGCCAACUCAAAUCCCGCGCUGGCUCCCCGGGAACGCAAAGCGGGCUGCAAGAACUUCUUCUGGAAAACUUUCACAUCCUGUUAGCUUUUGAAACCCACCUGUCCUCCCCAUCCACCCCUGCCUUCUUCCUAUUCCCCCGCCCUGAGCAGAAUCUUCACCACGAGAGGCGAAGACUGUAAAUACACGGUCCACGGUUAUGGUGAAAGUAAACACACAAGGAAUAUUUGAGUUUGAUUUCGAGUUGUUUUAAUAAAACUUUCAGUUCCAAUUGUACACGAUUUGCUUGAGUUGUGAUUUCUGACUAGUUCUUUGAUGACAUGCACUCUGCGAUUCUUUCAGAUGUACUAUUUUUAAUUCUUUGUUGCAAUAAAUUUUAUGUUUCGAACAGUGA